AUGGGACAUGUUCAAUUUGCCACUGAAAUUAUGAGAUUGAAACCUUCAUUUGCUUUGAAGCUAAAUCAACAAGGGUUCAGUCCAAUCCACCUUGCAUUGCAAAACAACCAAAAGACUCUUCAUAUUGCUUUGAAUCAAGGAACUUAUUUUGAAAAGAGUAUGGUGCUUCGUUUCGUAGACAUGAAUAAGGAACUUGUUAGAAUCAAAGGAAGGGAAGGUUUAACUCCUCUUCAUAUUGCUUGUCAAAAUGGAGAAGUUGACCUUGUAGCUAAUUUCCUAUUUGUUUGUCCAAAUUCGAUCCAAGAUGUUACUGUGAGGGGUGAGACUGCACUUCAUGUUGCUAUAAAAAAUAAACAGUAUAAUUUGAAGACAAAUCGCCAGAAAGGUGCUGGGGAGUUGGAGAAAUUAACACUCAACUGUAUGGAUGAGAUGGGAAACACUAUUUUGCCCGUUUCAUCUCUAAACAAUGACUCAAAGGUAUCUUACUCUUUCUAG